GCCGGCUUGUGCUGUGCGGAAGUGGAGAGCAGGAACAGGCUGCUCGGACCGUGCUCUUUCCGGGAUUAGGGAGCAGGAGGGUCCAGUGAGGGUCGCUGUGCUCCAGCCGAAAGGGCUCUACGCCAACUCAUGCUCGGGAACCGACGUUUUCUGCGUUCUUGGUCUAGUAUUAGUGCAGUGGCUCUCCACGUGUUGAGUAAAUACUGUGUGCUUGGAGACUUGCGAACGUUUUAGCAUUUAAUUUACAACCCAACCAGAAGACUAUUGGAGGUGCUAUUUUCCGUAAUUUUUUCCUGCCUCGUUUAUUGUUUGCUGAUGGUUAAGGAAGCAGUUAGCUCCACCUCCGCUGCCACAAUUUGAUGGGGUUCCACGUCAUCCAGGGUGCGACUAUUUAGCCUGCUGAAAUCCUCAGCAGCCAGCCUCAGUAAGGACAGGACUUCAAACUCUGCUCUGUGUUAUCAGGCAAUUACCUCCCAAGAUUGUAGUAACCGUGGGCUGUGUACCAAGUGUUCCCACACUGCCACCAAGAUGUCAGCUAAAGCCAUAGAGAGCGGGGAAGGAGUUGCCACUGACACCUUCCUGCAGGAGUUUCAGUCGAAUGAGGAAGAUGAACCCUCCCAGUCAUCCUCUGCUGAUUCUACUCCUGAGGAGCCCCUACAGGGGCUCCCUUCAGAGUCCGAUGGAGAUGGCUCCGGCUCCACAGGCACGCCCAAAGGCACGCCCACAGGCACGCCCAAAGGCGAACACUGGAAUCCCUCCUGCAUAGCAGCCACGGUUGCUGCAGCAGUUACUGGAGGAGUCGUGGCCGUGGGGUCUGUGCCCGUGUUGCUGACCGCGGCGGGCUUCACCGGGGCAGGAAUUGCGGCCUCUUCCUUAGCGGCCAAGAUGAUGUCAGCUACUGCCAUCGCCAACGGGGGCGGAGUUCCGGCCGGCAGCCUGGUGGCCACUCUACAGUCUGCGGGGGCAGCUGGACUCUCCAAGUCAUCCAACAUCCUCCUGGGCAUGGCUGGGUCAUCUCUCGGAGGCUUGGCUGGGUCAUUUCUCGGAGGCUGGUUUGGGUAUUCAAAGGCGUCAUCCUCUUCCCCUCCUCCAGAUGGACCCAAGGCUGAAGCAAAGGACCCCAAUGUUGGAGGUGACCCUCCAAAGCCCAAAUGAGAAGCCCCUUGCUUCCCAAAAUUGUUCAGAGAAGGAUAAGAAAUAAAGAUGAGAUGCUGUGACCUUU